AUCGCAGUGCAAAAUGAAAAUAAAGUUAACUUGUGAUUUUUAAGUGCAAUACAGAAUAUUAUCCGCUUAAAAAACAGUAGAAGGAACAGUCUAAACAAUAGUGGUCCAUCGCACAAAUAGCAGAGAAAGUAGUAAAAGAACCAACAACCCCAUUCCCGAGGGGCGGACACAACAACAACAACAACCAUCGUCGCGGUGAACAGCAGCAAGGCGAAGAAUGGCUGAAAAGUACCUCAAAAUUGGCCAGCGGGUUGACCUGUCCGGGAAGGAUGUGCGAGGCACCAUCGCCUACGUCGGGAUGACCUCAUUUGCCGUGGGCAAGUGGGUCGGAGUAAUACUGGACGAAGCAAAGGGCAAAAACAAUGGUUCGAUAAAGGGCCACCAAUACUUUUCGUGCGAGGAAAACUAUGGCAUGUUUGUGCGGCCAACGCAGCUCGUCUUUAUUGACGAUGCUGGCAACCCGCUGGAGGAUGCACAGACACCGGAAGAAAAACCCCGUUCGCGCUUGAGCAGCUCGCGGAUGUCACUGAACCGGAGCACCAGCUCGCUCGGAUCGAAGACGCAGCUUACCUCACCCGGAAGCGAACGGGCGGCAACGGGCCAGUCGUCCAUCCCCACCCCGGUCUCCUCGAUACCGACCAUGGUGAAACCCGAUCGUAACGAGCCGCUCCAUCGAUCGCACAUGAGCCCACCGGAAUCGCUGCAAACCUCCAAGCGUGCCUCGUUCGUCGAGACCGGAUUCGUCGAAACACUCAAGCCCCAGUUCACCCCGGGCCAGUCGCUAACCUCGCCCUCACCGGCACCGACGCCGGCCCCGGGUGCGUCCUCCACCGAGGAUCGCAUCCACAUCCUGCAGCUGCAGCAGGAGCUCGAGGAGGUGCGCAAGCAGAACGCCGAUCUGGCCGAAAAGCUCGAAACGUUGAAGCAGCGGCGGGCGGAGGAUCGCGAGCGGCUGCGCGAGUUCGACAAGAUGAAGACGCAGUACGAGCAGCUGGUGGAGUUCAAGAGCAAAAUCAUGGAAGCCCACUCGUUGCUCCAGCGCGAGCUGCAGCGGGCCAAGCAGGAGGCAAAGGAUGCGCUCGAGGCGCGCGAUCUGCACAGCGAGGAGAUGGCCGAGCUGUCGGAAAACGUGGAGCUGAUCACGCUCGACAAAGAGAUGGCCGAGGAGAAGGCGGACACGCUCGCGCUCGAGCUUGAGACGGCCAAGGAGCGCAUCGAAGAGCUGACGCUCGACCUGGAGAUUCUCAAGGCGGAGAUGCAAGAGAAGGUAGGCUCGGGUGGAACGAUUACGAGCGGCGGCGGUGGUGGUGGUGGUGCGAUUGUUGGCGAUGCGGUAGCCUCGACGUACGAGUUCAAGCAGCUGGAGCAGCAGAAUGCCCGACUGCGCGAGACGCUCGUGCGCUUGCGUGAUCUGUCCGCACACGAGAAGCACGAAAUUCAGAAGCUCGAAAAGGAGCUCGACACGAAAAAGUCCGAGGUGGCCGAACUGCAACGCACGAAGGAGAAAUUCUCGGCCAAGAUUGACGAGCUGGAGGCGCAGCUGAGCGACCUCCAGGAGCAGGUCGAUGCGGCACUCGGGGCCGAGGAAAUGGUGGAGCAGUUGGCCGAGAAAAAGAUGGAGCUGGAAGACAAGGUAAAAGCGCUCCAAGAAGAAGUGGCCGAGCUGGAGGCGCUCGAGGAAGUGCACGAGCAGCUGGUCGAAAGCAACCACGAGCUCGAGAUGGAUAUGCGCGAAGAGCUAGACCUGGCACACGCCGCCAAACGGGAAGCGUUGCGCGAAAAGGAUGCUGUCCUCGAGACGAUCGUGGAUCGUGAUCAGACGAUCCUUAAAUUCCGCGAGCUAGUCCAACGGCUCACCGAACAGUGUCAGGAGCUGCGCGACCGGCUGAACCAGGAAUCAAGCAAGCAGCAGCAGCAACAGCAGGCCAAGGAUACGGCCCUCAUCACCGAGGCGAUCGACUUCAAGCAAAUGUUCGCCGAAUCGAAGGCAUUCACGCGCGCCAUCGACCUGCAGCUGCGCCAGAUCGAGCUGACGCAAGCGAACGAGCACGUGCGCUAUCUGUCCGCCUUCAUGCCGGAUGUGUUCAUGGCGCGCGGUGGCGAUCACGACGCAAUCCUUGUGAUCCUGCUCGUCUCGCGAAUCGUUUUCAAGGCCGGCAUCAUCGUAAGUCAGGCACGGGAAAGGUUUUCGAACGUACCGCAGCUGGAUCGACCGGCCAUCCUAAGCGGCCACGAGGUGGCUCAGUUUGGGUUCCGCUCGCGGCUACUCCACCAUGUGCACAACCUACAGAGCAUCAUGCACCAGUUCCUGUACAGUAUGACGGGCUGCAAGGCGGACACUUUGCUCAAGAUCGGUGCAACGCUGCCGGAAAUGCAGGCGCAAGAGAAGAUGGUGGAUGAGAUCGUCGAUCUGCUGAAGGCGAAUCAGCUGGACGAAAACUCUUCCACCGACAACCUGGAGAAGUGUGUCACCUUCUUCAACGCGAUGUACGUGGUUCUGCUGACUGGCGAGGAUCUUGUAAACGAAACGCAAAUCGUCCGCGAUUGUACCGCUUCGAUUGGGGCGGCCUGCGAUUCGAUCGCAAACGAUUCCAACAUCGUCAAGAUGUUGAUCAAGCCCGGUGAUGAAACGAGUGACUCCGGGCUACUGCUUCAGUACAUCCUGCAGAACGUGGAAAACGUACGGCAGCAGCUGAAACUGGUCAAACGACGCCUUCCGCAGGACAUCGCGAUCACUAAGUGUAACCUCUCGAUGAACACGUUGCGCAACCUGAAGCGCACCGCCGAAGCCCUGAACAAGGUGAUGGGCGUACUGUUCUACGCGGCCCGCCAGUGUCUCCAGCUGGUAACGCUCGACCCGGAGACGGAAACGUCCGUGCCGCACGACAAGCUGUGGGAGAUUCUCUCGAACGGCUGCGAGAAGGUGUACGAGCAGGACGAUCUCGGCCCGUCGCAGAACAUCCGCACGGUGCUCAGUGCGGCCAGCACCGACAUGGGUCAGCUGGCCCAGUACCUGCUGGAUCACGAGUACGAAAUUAUCUCCGCAACGAACGCAGCCAAACCGGAAGAGAAACCGGUCGCCCCGAUCAUCCUGCGGGCGCAGGCCGUCAAGAAGCAGCUGGAAGAGACGAAGACGCUCACGGCGACGCUCGAGAACCGGGAGGCCGAGAUCCGGCAGCUGAAGCUGGCGGCCAAACUGAAGCAGAACGAGCUGUCGGAGAUGCAGAUACGGAAGGAUCUGGCCGAGAAGAAGCUGUCCGUGCUGCAGCAGGAUCACGAGACGAACACGACGCGCCUGCAGAAGGCGUACGACGAAGUGUGCGCCAAAUUGAAACAAAAAGAGAAAGAGUUCGAAGAAACGAUGGACCACCUGCAAAGCGACAUCGAUUCGCUCGAGAGCGAAAAGAGCAGCCUGCGCGACAAACUGAAGACGUUCAGCUCGCGCAAGGUCGACCUCAAGACGACCACUGCCCUGGACAUCUCGGCCAACUCGCCGUACAUCGCACAGGAGCUGUCGCUGCUCAAGCGCGCCUUCAAGGACGAGCGAGCCGAACGGUUGAAAGUGCAGGCGACCGAGUACCGAAAGAUCCUGGCCGGUAUGGAGCCACUGCACGUACCGCAACCGCGGGACGAUCGCAUCCAACAGCUCGAGCAGGAGGUGACGCGCGUCAAGCACGAUCUCAUAAUGUCGCUGGUAAAGGGAGCGGAACUGCCGGCCACGCGCACCGUGCACGGUAGCGUCUCCAAGUCGAUCCUCGACCAGGAGAACCUGAAGAAGCGCGAGCAGACACAAAUCCGCGCCAAAGCGGAGCAGCUCGCGUGCGACAUCAUGCACGAGUACCUCCAGCGGAAACCGCACAGAGCGGCGAAGGCCGACUUUGCCACCUUUCCUUCCAACGAGCUUUCGGCGGCGUUUCGGCAGAACGUGAAGGUUUAAGUGGCUCCCGGGGGUACGUGUUUGUGCUCGAAGAACUGAUUCUCUGUUCACUCCGUUGUGUAAAAUAAGACAUGCAAGUUAUUUAGAAAUCGGCUUUUUACGCUUCUUGGCCUACGAUAAGCUACUAUUAAGCCUUGAAACAGCAAUGCUAUCCGCAACCGGAGGUGCAAGGCGGCAGUGUUUGACCUUUCCUAUUUAUUUGAAUUUAUGUUGCUGUACUAUUUAUUAACUGCUUGUUUAAGGUUUACUGUGAGUAAAAAUUUCAUUCGUUUUCGAAGGUAGAUAAUUAUUAUAGAAAGGAAAGGCGAACACUUUGUCCACGUAAGGUGUAAGUUUCGAUAGCAAUUGUGUUCGGUUUCGGAGUGCAACUUUGAUCGUGAACAUUGUUUUUUUAUAAUUUGUCUAUCUUAGGAUGAUAUUAAAGCAGGUGUGUUUCAUGCAGAAAAUCACCCAUACUUAAUCCGUGUAGUCAGUGAACGAUUGAGAAGCAAUUGUAAAUCGACCGAAAGCAAAGAAGCAACAUUAUGUACCGCUUACCUACCAUUCCCCCUUCCUGCAUCCUAUGGCAGCGAGAAAUAAAUAAGCAAACAGUCGUGAUAUAAUUACUAA